UCCCGCCCGCCGCCGCCAUGCAGUCCCCGGCGGUGCUCGUCACCUCCAGGCGUGUCCAGAAUGUCCAUACGGGCCUCGACCUGAGUGUGCCCCAGCACCAGGAGGUGCGUGGCAAGAUGAUGUCCGGGCAUGUGGAGUACCAGAUCCUUGUGGUGACCCGGCUGGCGGUGUUCAAGUUGGCUAAGCACAAGCCUGACGAUGUUGUCCAGUUUUUGGUCUCCAAGAAGUACAGCGAGAUUGAGGAGUUUUACCAGAAGCUGAGCGCCCGCCCCGCGGCUGCCAGCCUCCCCCCGCUGCCCAGGAAGGUGCUGUUCGUUGGAGAGGCAGACAUCCGGGAGAGGAGAGCCAUGUUUGAUGAGAUCCUGCGCCGCAUCUCUGAGGACGCUGAGUUGGCCAGCAGCCCAGAGUUGCUAGAAUUCUUAGGGACCAGAUCGCCAGGGGCCGCGGGGCUGCCCAGCAGAGAGUCCUCAAUCCUGACCGAUGCUGACAACCAGGCCAAGGGCCAGGAGGAGGCAUUUGACUUCUUUGAGCAGCAGGAACAAACAGCAGGCGAGGGACCAGCCAACGUGGGCCUGAAGGGCAAGGAGACAGACAAGGCCCUGGAAGCAGAAGAGGAAGAGGAGGAGGAGGAGGCACUGGAUCCCCUAGGCAUCCUGCGCUCCAAGAAGCCCAAGAAGAGCACUGAGGGUGGCACGGCGACAGCCCAGCCCUCGGCCCGGCCCCGGCCCCGGCCCCGGCCCCGGCUCACCCUCUUUGAUGAGGAGGUGGACCCUGACCAGGAGCUCUUCAGCCCGGGCAAGAAGCUCUCCCCCCAGGGCCUUGCAGAGGAUGAGCCCAGCACAGACCCUCUGAAGCUGUUUGAGGAUCCUGACCUUGGCGGGGCCGUCCCUCUGGGUGACCCGUUACUGCUGCCAGCUGCCCGGGAGAGAGGAGUGCUCACAUCUGGCCUGGGCCUUGGGGCUGCCACGGAGGAGCUGUUGAGGGUUGAAGAGGACUUGGACCAGAUUCUGAACCUGGGGGCCGACCCCCAGCCCAAGCCCAAGCCCAAGCCGCCGGUGGCAGCUAAGCCAGCACUGCCCAGGAAACCAGCCGUGCCCCCCACAGCACGUCCCCUGGAAGCCAUGACAGAGCUGCCGAAGCAGCAGCCGCAGGUCCACGCCAUGGACGAGAUGGACAUCUUGCAAUACAUCCAGGACCACGACACCUCGGCCCAGGAGGCCCCCAGCCUCUUCUGACCCCCACCCGAUGCUGGGCCUGGGCUGGUGAUCAUGCUGUGGAUGCCAGUGUGAGUGGGGGAGGCACACUUGGCAGGCCACGACUUCUCCCAGGGGAGGGAACCCCGAGCUCUAGGACUCUCCACCACAUUGCUCCCUUUCUUCCAGGUGGGGGUCUGGGUGGAACCUGGCAGGCGUAGACAGCAAAGGUUACUGCAGGAGGGAAGGCUACCCUGUUCCAGCCCACAUGGACCUGGAGAGGAGCCGGGAGCCCAGUCCCCAGGAUGAGCUGAAAUUGAAGAAUGGGUAACCCUAGGAGGGUGUCCCACAAACAGGGAGACCUGCCCACCUGUGCACCUUACACUGGGUUUUGCUAACCCAGCGUAAGGGAGGCUGGCUUGGGCCUGGGGCAGGAUUUGGGAGGUCUCUGUGUCAGGCCAGACUGGAGUCUGCUCAGGAUGGCUGCUGGGGGCCUGCCGCCCCUGCCAGAGCCUCCCAGGAGAGGGACUCUGGGCAGGGAGCCCAGCCAUUGGCCAUGUUAAUACGAACUGCUCGUGUUCCACAUACAGUUACUAAGGGGAUGAGUGGAAUUCCUGCCAGGCCCUCCCCUUUCUCCCUCUUCCUCUCUCAGGAAGGGCCUGGCCAGCCCCUGGCCUCCUCAGACCCAGCCCACAGCCUCCUUGGGCCUCAGUGCAGAGCCAACACCUGCCACUGCCCCCUGCAGCGGAGCAGCCUGUGGCACGCCCCGUAGCUUGGCCUGGGCCUAGGGCUGGGCCCCCUGUUCUGGGCCCCUCCUGCCAUCAAGGGGCCAGAGUACUCUCAGGCUUCUGCUCCAAGGCCUCCUGGUCCAGGGUCCCAGACUUGCUGGGUAACCUGUCCCCAGGGUUGUCCUGGGGCCUUGUGCCAGGC